AUGAUAACGACCAUCGCAGCCUCUCUGCUGUCCCUGUCGUGCUCCAAGGUCGGUGGACGCGUGCGCAUCUCCGCCCGCGCCUCCUCCCGCUCGGCGACGCGCCCACCGUCCGCGCCCUUCGCCUUUCUUCCGCGCGUCGCGGCCGCCGCCUCUCUCUCGGCGUGCGCAUCCCCCGCCUUCGCGCGCGUCUCCCGCGUCCACCGCGCGCCGCCGCUCGCGCCGCCGGCAGGUCGAGGCGGGUUCAGCGCGAUGGGCGCCGUCUCUUCUAAGGAUGACCACGGCGACUCCACCGACGCGAACGGCGGUGGUCGCGGAAGCCAGGGCAGAGAGUACGUGGAGAUGGGCCCGAGGAUAAUGAAGGUCUUUCCCGACGAGCCCGGGUUCGACCCGCGGCGCGACUGGGACAUCGUGUGCGACGUGCGCUCCCCCGCGGAGUGGGAGGACGAUCACGUGCCGGGCAGCGUCUCCACGCCGGUGCUGGACAACGAGGAGCGCGCCAGGGUGGGCACCAUAUACAAGCAGGAGUCGCCGUUCCUGGCCAAAAAGCUGGGCGCGUCCUUGGUCGCCAAGAACCUGGGGAAGAUACUAGACGAGCACUUCCAGGACAAGGAGAAGGACACCAGGGUGCUGGUGUACUGCUGGAGGGGCGGCGAGAGGUCCAUGUCCCUCGCGCACGUGUUGUCCAGGGUGGGAUUCAAGGUUGGGCUCAUACCGGGCGGAUACAAGAGGUACAGAGCCGGCGUCUUGGAGUUUUUGCGAACCAUGGACGGGUUCCGCUAUCACCUGAUCGCGGGCAAGACCGGGUGCGCAAAGGGGAAGAUGUUGGACCAGCUCAAGGCGCAGGGUGCGCAGGUGCUGGACCUGGAGGCGAUGGCGCAGCACCGCGGGAGCGUCCUCGGGGAGGACCCGGCGUGGGACAACAGGCAGCCCUCGCAGAAAUUUUUCGACACCAGGAUAUGGGAGCAGGCGAGGACCUUCGAUCGAUCCCGGCCGAUAUUCGUCGAGGGCGAAUCGUCGAUGAUCGGCAGGUUGCAGAUCCCGAAGAACACGUGGGCGGGCAUGCGCAAGGGCUCCGUCACCUUGCUCGAGGUUCCCAUGGAGAGCAGGGUACGGUGGAUUCGCGGCGGGUACAAGCACUUCGAGACGACUGACGUCUCGCGUCUGGUGGAGAAGCUCCAGAAGCUGGUACCCAAGUGCGGCAAGAAGAAGGUGGCGGAGUGGGAGGAGAUGAUCGCGUCGGAGCGAUGGGACGAGUUCGUGGAGGACAUCCUGCUGAACCACUACGACAGCGCCUACGCCGACGCGGCAAAGCGGAGCGGGCGGGACGACGAAAACGCAGAGUUUCUCAUGCUCCCAAACACGGAGGACGAAACCUAUGCGAGAGCAGCCGCCGAGCUCAUAGCCAAGCACGACGUGAGCGCGCCGCCGCCGAUCGUCGUGGAACGGGAGGCCGAGAAGGAGGAGGUGGCGGCGUGAGAGGAGGGAGCGGUGUAACCUAAAAAACGAGAUGUU